GAGAGACUCAGUAAGCUGUGAGCCGCCGCGAAGGAAGGGUGUGGCCGCUCCGUGACCCAGCCCACCCCUUCAGCCCGCCGGUAACAAAGCUCCGAAGUGGACCUGCACACCCUCGAAGCGUUACGUGCUGCAGGCCUCACCCCCGCCCAGGAUGAAGCCCCCGGGACCUUUACCAUUACGAAAAUCGGGACGCUACGAUGCACAGUCCUUCUCUACGCCAGAUUAACAUGGAAACCUGUGUCUGCUGCCUCCGAGGACUGGCCGGGAAUUUAGCAAGCAACACACACACAAACAAACACUCGAGUCGAUGGAUGACGAAGAUGCGUGGACUUACUGACAAGUGACGCCGCUCCCCCCGCCAUCCAUUCAUCCAGUCCCCCAUCCAUCCAUCCCAAUCACCCGCCUCCCUUCCAUGUAUAAUACAGCGGGAGUGUUACGAGGGGAAGCUUACUGCUGAAGACAAAGCAUUACUCCCUCAGGAAAAGCUUGCCCGGGAUUGUACGUGAAGGAGUUCGAUGAAGUAAAACAUCGAGUGUGGAAGGAAGGUGUUUAGCAAGGCGUUGUGACGUGAGACAGGUGACCGUGCUGGUAUUCGGGAAGGAAGGUAAAGUGUGUGUGUGUGUGUGUGCGCGUCUCUACGUUUGUGUUUCUGUGCGUCUGUAUGUGCCUGAAACUGAGGUCUGUGCCAAGCGUGCCAAGUGACAGUGAAACGAGGGAAAGGUGCCCGGGAAAAUGGUGAAUGACAAGGUAAUUUAAUGGUGAAACUUCGUUGAUUCAUUAAGAAAGUGACGGGGCUUUGCAGGAGGCUGAAGUUGACCUGACAGAGAGGCAGAGAGGAAAAUAUAAUUCACGAUAAAAGACAAAGUAAAGAAGCGAAGGAAAGUGGCAGAGAGAGCAGAGAAAGAUAAGCAUCAGUGAAGGGGAGUGAAUUAAAAGGCGUGUGAGUGCCGCGCUAUUUAUGUGUUCUAAAAACAAAGGGACGAAGACAAAUUUGGACGAAAAACACUUUUGGGUGAGCAGCGGCGAGUGUGACGGUGAGGAGGAAGUGUUGAGAAGUGUGUGGGAGGGAGAGUAAUGGCUGACGAGGCACGACCUGGGAGCUGACGUGAUCGAGAGGAGCUGCUAAUGGUCUUAAAGUGAGAAGUGACUGUCCGCCGCUACUCUCGGGCUGCCGGGCCGGACCUUCCUGGGGAGUGAAGGAGAGGCCGCCGCCAGUGAGCGGGAGUGAGUGUGCACCAUCAAAGGGAUAAUUUGGUGCACAUCACACAAGGUAAAGAUCCCCGGGCGGGCCACAAAGGUUCCCUGAGCUGCCGCCCUCACGCCCCUGUGUGUCUGCGGGCGGCGCGGUGCCCCGGGGGCUAGGCAUUGGGGCGCGGCCGCCCGUGGUGGUGGUGGUGGUGGGGGCCGCCGCGCCGCGCCUCGCCAGGGACCAGUGCGAGUGCGGGCGUGCGGUGCAUGCCCACGGGGCCACACCACCGCCGCUGCUGCCGCCCGCCGCCCCUCUGGCCGCCAUCGAUCACCACACCUCACCAGCACACGAGUCCCGCGCCCCUCCGCCCCCGCCCUGUGCCCCCCCGCCACGCGCCCCCCACACCUGCGCGCCCGCACGUGCCGCCAGCUCACGCGGCGAGUCAGUGAGGACGAGGCGGGGCGGCGUACGGGUGUGCCCUCCCCCCCUGAUGGCGGGCGUGGCGGGGCUGCUGCUGCUCCUGCUGCUGGGCCUGGCGAGCGGCGUGAGUGGCCGCCCGCCGGAGUGUGAGUGGCGCCUGGAGAACACGGGGGUCACGGCGCGGGCCGAGCAGCAGGUCAGCACCUCCUGUCAAGUGCGGACGCUGACCCGCGAACUGCUGACUGCCAGCGAAAACGGCGGGAGCAACGGGUCAGCUCUGUCAGCCCUGGCGCACGCCGCACACGUCACGGCACUGUCGCUCCACUGCGCGCGGCAGGUGGUGUUCGAGUCCCGUGUGGAGGCGGGCAUGUUUGGGGUGUUCCCGCGCCUCGAGGAGCUGCACAUCCUGGGCUGCAAGGUGACGCAGCUGCCGCCCCACGCCCUGGCACGCCUCCCUCACCUGCGGCGUCUCACUCUGCGGGCCCACCACGAGGACUGGCCCACGGCGGCACUCUCGCUCCACCCUGACGCCCUAAGUGGCCUCAGCCGCCUCGAGACCCUUGACCUGGCGCACGACGCCCUGUGGGCGCUGCCCGCCGAGCUGUUGUGCCGCCUGCCGGCCCUUGCCGCCCUCAACCUCACCCACAACCGUCUCCACCACCUGCCGGACCUUGGACUUGGCGCCGCAGCCUGCGGCUCCCCGCUGCGCCAGCUGGACCUGGCCCACAACCAAGUGUCUGAGGUGCCGGCCGCCGCGCUGGCAGGCGCUGCCGAGCUGCAGACGCUUUCCCUCCGCCACAAUCGCUUGGCUCACCUCGCCGACACCGCUUUCCAGGGCCUCACCGCGCUGCGCCGCCUCGACCUUUCGCACAACCGGUUGGUGGCUGUGCCGCGGUCCGCGCUGGCUGACCUCCAUCAGCUGCAAAAGCUGCUGGUGGCCAACAACUCGCUGGGCUCCCUGCCGCCCGCAGCUUUCGCUGGCCUGACGCAGCUACUGACGUUAGACCUGAGCCACAACCAGCUGACGUUAGCUCCAGGGGCGUCGAAGCCUUUUACUGGUCUAAUCAGGCUGCGCGUGCUGGACCUGAGCCACAACCGGCUGGCCAGCCUGGGUCCAGAUACCUUCAGUGACCUGUACUCGCUGCAAGAUUUGAAGAUGGGUCACAACAGGCUGGCGGCGCUCCCUGACGGCCUAUUCGCUGGCCUCUCCAACUUGCACACGCUGGCGCUGGGCCACAACAAACUUCAGCAAGUGUCGCGGCGUGCGCUUCAGGGGCUGGUGGUGGUGACUCACCUCUCGCUGGACCACAACCUGCUAAGCUCCGUGCAUGACGCCGCCCUGGACAACUGCUCCUCGCUCCACCACCUGAAUCUGGCCCACAACAGGCUGGAGGCCGUGCCCGAGGCCGUGUCCCGCGCCUCGCUGCUCCGCACGCUGGACUUGGUUCACAACCGGCUCACCGGCCUGGAGGAGGGUGUUUUCCGCGGACUUUUGCAUCUGCAAGAGCUGCGCGCCGCUCACAAUCAGGUGUCCGCCCUCAACAGGACUUCCCUGGCGGAGGUGCCAGCGCUGCGCCACCUUGACCUAUCCCAUAACGGGCUGGUGGCGGUGGAGUUCGGGGCUUUGGAGGUCACGCCGCGUCUGGCGGGGCUCAACCUGCACCACAACCUGCUAGGGGACCUGAACGGACUGGUGACGGAGCUGCAGAAUCUGACUUGGCUGAACGCCUCGCACAACGCCAUCACCUGGUUUGACUACGCGCUGCUGCCCCGCAACCUGGAGUGGCUGGAUCUGAGCCACAACCUUCUGUCCCAGCUGGACAACUUCUACCAGCUGGAGCAGACGCUGGGCCUACGCGUGCUGUACGCGGCGCAUAACAACAUCUCGGACAUCUCGGCGAGCAGCGUGCCCGACAGCAUCGAGGAGCUGCACCUGCAGCACAACUCCAUCUCCUACGUGGCCUCCAACACCUUCCUCGAAAAGACGAGCGUCUCGCUCAUCGACCUGCGCCACAACAGUCUCACCAUCUUGGAGGAGGCCGCCCUCAGACUCUCCCCACGCCAGGCACCACCUCCGCUCCUCCUGCUGUCCCUCAACCCACUGCAGUGUGACUGUGCUGCAGACUGGUUACUGCGGGCUGCCGGGGCCGGCCUCGGGGCGGGCGUGGGCGGCGCCUCCGUGCUGCCCCAUCUUGGAGACGUGGGCCGCGUCGAGUGCCAGCUGCCGGGGCUGUGGGGCGGGGCUCUGGUGCCCCUCGUCACCGUGCAGCCACAACAGUUCCUUUGCACCUACCGUCGUCACUGCUUCACCCUAUGCCACUGCUGUGACUUCGACGCCUGUGACUGCGAACAGACCUGCCCCAGGAACUGCACAUGCUACCACGACCACACCUGGACGCACAACGUGGUGGAUUGCGGCGGCGGGUGGGCGGCCAUGCCAUCGGGUGUGCCCAUGGACGUGACUGAAGCCUUCAUGGACGGCAACGCCAUGGGUGCACUUACCUCGCACUCCCUCAUCGGGCGAAAAAACCUGCGCGUGCUGCACCUCAACCACUCCGAGGUCACGGUAAUACAGAACCGCACCUUCAACGGCCUCAAGGCGCUGCAGGUGCUGCGGCUGGACAAUAAUUUGCUGACUGAGCUGCGCGGCCACGAGUUCCUCGACCUGCACGACCUGCGCGAGCUGUACCUGCAGAACAACCGCCUGCAGCACCUCAGCAACGUGACAUUCAUGCCGCUUCACGCCAUCGAGCUGCUGCGCCUCGACCACAACUUGCUGACCACCUUCCCGGUGUGGACGCUGCGCCACAACCUCUUCCUGCUGGAGGUUGGGCUGCACCACAACCCCUGGAGCUGCGAGUGUGGCUACUUGGCAGACCUGCGUCUCUGGCUGGAGGCAAACCGCAUCAAGGCCACCAACGCCAGCCUGGUGCACUGUCGCCACAACAACACGGGCGCCGCUGGCCCGCCAGUGCUGUCAGAGACCCCGCUGCGCUGCGACCACUACGUAGCCACGACGCGCAUCAACAGCCUCAUCGUGCACGACUACCUCAUGAUGCUGCUCAUCACGGCCGCGCUGCUCGUCCUCCUCCUGGCCGCCGCCCUCACCGUCUUCGCUUACCGCCGCCGCCUCAGGCUGUGGGCGGUGGGUCGCUACGGAAAGCGGUUGUUCGAAAAGUCGUCGGCGUAUGUGGAGGAGCGAGAGAAGCUGUUUGACGCCUUCGUGACCCACAGCGCCAAGGACGCCACUUGGGUGUGCGGCCUGAUGGCACCCGAGCUGGAGGCGUCGGGCUACCGGGUGUGUGUGGCUCAGCGGGACUGUGGGGGCGCGGGCGCAUCCAUCGCCGAGAGCAUCGCCUGCAGCAGGCGCGUGGUGGUGGUGCUGUCCCGUGGCCUCGUAGACGCAGAGUGGUGUCGUUACGACUUCAAGAGUGCGCACGUGGAGGCGCUGCGUGGCGUGCGGCGGAGGCACGUGGUGGUGGUGCUGCUGGAGGAGGUGCCACGCGGAGAACUAGAUGCAGAACUGGCGGCUCUGACCAGGGCCGCCGCCACUGUGUUGCGACCGAGGGACCCCCGCUUUUGGGAUCGUCUCAAGAGGGCCCUUCCCACUCAAAGGAGCCGCCGUAACCCCGCGCGAGGCGCAGGACGGCCCCUCGUGCCUCACCACGCCACCUCGUGGCCAAGACACGAAAGCAAGGCGCUUGGUGCGGCGGCAGCCAAAUCCCUCACUGUCAAUCCUUACUGGGAGACGGCGGUGGGCGAGGGGGCGUGGCCCUCUAAGGGCGCCGGGCCGGGAGCGCUGCCCCCAUGGGUGCAGGUGCCGCCUAAACCACCGUCCCCGCCACGCCCUGAAGCAGGUGGCGAUGGGGCUACGCCGGAAGGGUCGUGCCCUGAAGGGCAUGAGCACACCUACAUGAGCGUGAGCGAGUGUGAGGAGGCUCGUGGUGCGCCGCCCCCCGGGGACGCAGUGGAGCCCCAGACUUCCCUCGCUGAGGGGUGGGAGGGGGAGAGCAGUCCUGCCUUCUUCCGCCACGACGCCCCAGACUACCUCACGCGCAGCUGGGUCUUCCACGCGCCACCUGGGGAGCAGCCGCCUCCCCCGGGACAGACCUACUUCGUUUAGGCUUCCUGCCCCCCCUCGGGCUUGCUCCACACACUUCAAGUUCCUCCGUUCCCAGCGCCCCCUUGCCCCCCCUCCCGCCUCCCCGGCAAGGGCCAGGCCCAGACACAUUCCGCCCACGCCCACAGUCUGCCGCCCGCGGCGGCGCUUCAAGCUGUGAUGCUGAAAAAACCUGAAAACUUAUAAACAAAUUCAUUCAAUCAUCGAAAUUCCGGAAAGUGUGUGUGUGUGUGUGUGUGUGUGUGUGUGUGUGAGUGUGUGUGUGUAGAGAGAGAGAGAGAGAGAGAGAGAGAGAGAGAGAGAGAGAGAGAGCAGGGCUGUGCGUAAUGUUAUCUUUGUUGUUGUUAUCGCUAAGGCUUGGCCGGUGCCGCGUCGCGCCGCGCCAUAACCAGCCCGCCGCCUGCCCACCGAAGGUCCUACCGGUUGCCUUCAAAAGCAGUGGCCUAAGGCUGGUGCCCCGCUCCGUCCCACUCCUCGGCCCGGCGGGGCGGGGCGGAGCGGGGCAGGGCUGAGGCAGUGACUGGUGUCCCUGUGGUCACCCAAAAGACAGUCGGUUCAGUCAGUCAGCCGGUGGUGUGAGUUGUUUCGUUCCGGAAUUUGGGUGUAAGAAUGUCUCACCCAAACCCAUCAGUGCUUUCCGGAGAAAAUCCGCUAUUAUUAUUAUUAUUAUUAUUAUUAUUAUUAUUAUUAUUAUUAUUAUUAUUAUUAUUACUAUUUUCCUUUUUAUUUUUUAUUAUAUUAUUGUUAUUAUUAUUUAUAUUAUUUAUCACAAUUAAAGUUAUAACUUGCUUGCCUCUCAGUUCGUAGCUAAACAAAAGUCAACAUCUGGCAGGAAGGGGAGAGAGUGUCUUGUUUGCUUUGUGGGUCACCAAGUGAAAUAAUUUUAUCACAAACCGUUCAUUUUGGGUUUUCAUAUCUCGCUCUCCUUUCCUUUGUCCUCCCUAAACAAGGUGGAGAAGCAGGAGGAGGAGGAGGAGGAGGAGGUAAAGGGGAAGAGUAGUGUGUCUUUCCAUUUCGUUCACUUGUUCGUAAAAAUAUCUAAGUUGGCCGCUCUGUGUGUGUCAAAACAAUUGCCAUCAAAAUCUAUUCUCUAUCCCGAUCGAUGCAUCUCUUGCGCCCGUAUGUACGUAUAUGCAUAGUAGGGCAUGUGUGUAUGUGUACUCCUGGGAGGGUAAUGCGUACAUACAUGUAGACGUGUUAGGAUGGAGCCGUACGUGACCGUUUCUAAGAGCUUGUUGGGUAAUAUUUUAUGUAAGUUAUGCAGAAACGAAGCCACGUCCCCAUGUACACACCCCCACCGCCACACAGACACCACUUAGCGCCGAGCUGGGUGUGUGCAUCCCUGUACACACACACACACACACACACACACACACACACACACACACAGUCAUGUCCAUUGUAGUUAUUCAUCUUGUAGUCCAGCCAAACACACAAAGCUGCAAAAUAUCAACACACACACACACACACACACACACACACACACACGCGUCACGCAGCCAUCCAGCCAGUAACAAAAUUUUUCAUUCAUCCAUCCAUCAAACCCACCAAGACGCAGUGCUGCCAACGACCCCGCUCUGUACAUACGUAUUGUUAACGCUGACGGUGUUGAUAGCACUGCUGUACCCACCAUCACCCCCACCACCCCCACCACCAUAACCACCCCCACCACAACAACCGCCACCACCACCACAACCAACGCCGCCGCCGCCGCCCCAUUCGUAACGCUUCCUCGGUGUGUGUGUGAGAGGCAGGUAGCGGAUGAGGAGAAAGUAGGAGACGGAAAGGAGGAGGUCGACUCUAGGUUGUAACAUUCAAUAUCGUCCCUGUAACGCAAAGUAACGCUUGUAACACUUACUCCGCAGUGGCGAGUACAGGUUGUGACUGACGUGUAUGUAACGUAACCUAAUAGCCCAUAACAGGUGUGUGAGGCGCUGCGUAACGCUUGUAACAGCCCGUGACUGUGAUGAGGAUGGCUGGCAGGGCUUCCUUCGUCGCCGUGAUAGAAUGUAACGCUUUCAGCAAACUCGUGACGUGUAAAAGAUAACGUGAGAGCUUGUGAGUGCGGGCAGCAGUCAGUGUCAGUGUGGCCGAGGCUGCAGUGUGACAGUGUCCUGGCCGUUUGUGUUUGUGACAAGGCUGUAAUACCACCACUGUCCAGGCUUGUGACUAUGCAACUGUGUAUGUGUGUGUGUGUGCGUGUGCGUGUGUGUGUGUGUGUGACAAUUAUGAGUGCUGGUGUUAUUAUUGCUGCCAUCAACAGUACCAUCAUUAUAGUUGUCCAGACCCUUGCCAUAGAGAUUAGUCACGUCGCCCGGACAAUAAAGGUGUGAAACACGAUGUCAACACACGAGGUGGUGCCCGGCGUGGCUAUGGUCCAGGCUGAGGGGCACAGCGGCAAAGUACCGUCCCUUCUCUCUCUCUCUCUCUCUCUCUCUCUCUCUCUCUCUCUCUCUCUCUCUCUCUCUCUCUCUCUCUCUCUCUCUCUCUCUCUCUCUCUCGUUCGUUCGUUCUCCUUUUCUUUCUCCUAUUCUUUUUUUCUUCUUUCUCUAUUUUUCCUUCUCUCUCUCUCUCUCUCUCUCUCUCUCUCUCUCUCUCUCUCUCUCUCUCUCUCUCUCUCUCUCUCUCUC